AUAUUUAAAAUAAUAAUCAUAAUUAUUUAAUAUUACUGGAGAGGAGCAUAUUGCAUUUUGAAACAAAGGGGGAAGGGGUUUAAGGGUUAAUUUAUUGUUAUUUGUACAGUUUGUCCUAUGUAUUCUGCACUGUCUGGAGCACAAAUUGGAGACUAACACUCUCUACUGCACUGCACUGCAAAGUUAUUUGAUAUAGUCAUUGUACGUGGCUGAAAAUAAUGCAGUGUCAUUGUGACUUGCGCUGCACCUUUAAAUAACUUCAUUGGCCGGGAUUUAUAAUCUAUGCAGGAAGUACCAGACAGACCCAAAACAACAACACAGGCUUCCUAACGCACACCUGUGACACCUUCGCGUUAACACAGAUGAACUGAGUGUUAUUGUAGUGCAGAUAUAUUAACUAAAUACGACUUGCUAUUCUCUGGUGCAACUUUAUUAAACAGAAUUCAAGUAGCCUAAAAUUGUGUUAUAAUAGUAUAUUGAGAAGGUGUUGUUGUUAUUAAUAAUAAUAAUGAUCAGGAGAGUUUGUAAGGUCGUUUUGAGUGUCGAGCAGUCUGAAGGUGUCGGGGCUCGUGUUCGGAGGAGUAUUGGUCGAAGAGAGUUGAAAAACCUUGAUCCUUUUUUGAUGCUUGAUGAAUUCGGGAUCUCCAAACCAGCAGGUUUUCCUGAUCACCCACAUCGCGGAUUUGAGACGGUGACAUAUUUGUUGAGUGGAGUAACAGCCCAUGAAGAUUCCUGUGGCCAUAGUGGGACAUUGAAACCUGGGGACUUACAGUGGAUGACUGCAGGCCGCGGGGUGAUUCACGCUGAGAUGCCCGUGUCAGAUGGACUCAUUCAUGGUCUACAGCUGUGGGUGAACCUGAAGAGCACAGAUAAGAUGGUGGAGCCUCAGUACCAGGAGCUAAAGAGCAAAGAGAUUCCCAAGCCAAGUAAAGAUGGAAUCGACGUGGUGGUCAUUUCAGGGGAAGCACUUGGAGUGAAGUCAAAGAUUUACACAAGAACUCCAACGAUGUAUCUUGACUUUAAACUGAAGGAAGGCGCAAAGCACACACAGCCCGUGCCCAAAGGAUGGACAGCUUUCAUCUACACCCUCGCGGGUUCUUUAUGCACUGGCCCAGAUGAUGAUGUGCGGACAAUUGAGCCACACCACACAGUGGUUUUCGACGAUGGUGAAUACGUCAGUGUGGAAAACAAGGCAGCUGAUGAGUCUCACUUUGUUUUAAUUGCUGGUGAGCCUAUAAAAGAACCCGUGGUUCAGUAUGGACCGUUUGUCAUGAACACACAGGAAGAGAUUGAUCAGACCAUCAAAGACUACAAAUCUGCCAUGAAUGGAUUUGAGAAGGCAAAAAUUUGGAAAUCAAAGAUUGGUCAGAAGUUUUGAAUUGUUUUGUUACAGUUACUUAUUGUACCUCUUAAAGUCAUAUAUACAGUCGGCCUGGAGUACUUGGUCAUCUCAGUCACACUUCAUGUAUGAAUGUCUUUGCAGUAGAUAAUGAAAUAUCAAAUAAAGUUACAUUUAUUUUAAAGAGCAAUAGCACAAGCACACUCGUGCAAAGAAGAGAUUUUUUUUAGAUUUUUAAUGAUGAAAAAACUGUGAAAUAUGUUUAUAAGUUAUGGAAAGUACUUGUAAGUAAUGUAAACUAGAAAGUAGUGAAAGUAGAGUCUAAAAUAAUUAGCAUUUUCUCUCAUAAUUUUGAGACAUUUCUAAUGCUGUAAAAUUCAGACAUUGAGAUAUAGUGAAGAAGUAAGGUGAGUCUAUAUAAAAAUAUUAUAAAUAUAACCUUAAUAUCUCUAAUAGUGACUGAGUAAGGUCAUCUCAAAGUUUGAAAUUAAAGUGAAAUCAUAAAAUACUUUUAUAAUGCUUCUUAUCUUAUGAUUAUGAGACUUUAGCCUGAUUUUAACAGACACAGGGUCGCAUAUUAUCUAAUGGCUUACUUUGAAUCCUUUUUGUGUUCAUUUCUUAUUAUUUUGUUAUUUUAGCUAAUUAUCUGUUUAAUUAUGAAAGUGGUUUGGUUAUUUGCUAAUUUAUAUUCUUUUUUUUUCUUUAAAUUCAAUCUUAUGUAAUCAAGAUUAUAUCUGUGGCUGUUCAUACAUUUUAUCUGAUCACAACAUGCUUUAUUUUGGUGACUAUA